AUGUUUAACUGUAAAUUUCAAACAUUGAAUCAAAUUCAAUGUCAUGUAGACUUAUUUUCUUCAAUGUUAUUUGGCCUAUUUUUGUUAACCGUGUUUUCUUUGCUAACAUGCUCAUCAGCUCCAUCAGGAAUAAGACUGAACUCGACGGGUAUUAAGAGAAAAGUUGAACCACAAGCGCACAGUGCAGUCCAACAUUUAAUCAUUGUAAGACUUUGAGGCUGCAACCAAACUUGAGCAGGUUAGAUAACACAUACACAUAAUUUUUUACUGAGAUGGAUUAAAAAAACCCCACAGAUUUGUAUUUUAAUUAGGCUUGAUUUCCUUCUAGUCUUGUUCCUCCCCGAGAAGGCUUAUUUUCCGAACAACGGCUGUAAUCGCGCGAACCUGAUUUGAUUUUGCCUUUUUGGAGACAAAUAUUGAGUGGCUAAACAUAACAUUUUUUAGGGUCACAAGAUUAAAAACCUGGUAACAGUUAUACAACAGCAACAAGGAAAACAAAUAUAUCAACUGCUAGAACCGUCAAGAAUAAAGAUUUUUUCGAGAACAGUGAACUAUUUUCAACUCCACAAUACCCUUCUGCUUUGGAACGUGUUCAACUAGUAGAAGUAGUAAUCAUGUUGACUGGUGGAUAUAUAUCGCUGAUAACCAAGCCAAUUCAAUCUCACCGAUUUUGGGACUUCACCACUGUUGUUUCACCGACCUUCGCGCUUGCAAAAAGAACGCCUAUUUAUUGCAGUAAUCUCUUUCCUCCCCUCUACAUUUGGGAUCCCGGUGAAUCAUGAAUCGGAAUUCAGUUUGCCAACCGAGUUGACUGACGGCGUCAAACUGCAGUUAAAACAUUUGUGUCCAUUUCCAAAUACAAAAGUUAUUUCUAGGGCGAAGGCUGAAUAUAAUUUUAAUUCUUUUAUUCGUAGAUGCCUGAAACUAAGACAGGAAUUCCCUUGUGGAGAAAAUACUUAACAGUGGAACCCGUAGUAUUUUUCUAUUUCUACGGCUUUCUAAUGUAUCUUCCAGUCUCCGGAAUAUACAUAUAUCACCGAGUUAGCGAUAUGAAACGCUUUCCCUACCAAAACUUCAGCCAGCAGGAUGGUGGGUGCGGCGAUCACGAGGAUUUAGCAACUAAUGAAUUGUGGGAACUUGAACUGGAGGUAAGUUAAGUGAAAAAUGGGAAAUGAUUAAAUUCCACCAUGCGUAACUUGUUUUCUCUUUUUGCUGCAUUAGAGAUAUAUUUCACUUACAGUGAAUCGAAAACAGGAAGGACCUAAAUUCCCUCUUUAAAGGGGCCGUGAUCUAAAUAAACUGCUCUAACGAAGAUAUUUGACCAAAUUCAGUAAGGAAGCACUCACUACCAGCUCCACGGUAUGAACAGUACCUUAUAUACGCACGCGCACAGCCAUUUCACCCUAGCGGAUGCGGCGGCGAUGGACAGCUGUUUCGUCCUCAUCACAACCAGGAGCCCAGAAAGGACUCAUCAGCAUGGCAUAGCCCCAGUGUGCGCUGUCUUGCUGAAUUUGGUCUUGAACGAUAAUUACCUUCACAAAUUCAGUACGAAGCAAUCCUGAAGUCCGCGUUUUCCAAUUUUAAAAGAGCAUGCGCUGCAAAAUUUCAAACUUCGAAAAUUUAAAUGACGUGAAAGCUUCGGUCAAGGCGGUUUGAAGGGCUUCUCUUGUUAGCUCCGUUCUCGAUGAAAGAGAACUUGCUAUCCGUAGUUCUAUGUACUAGUCUUUGAAUGGAGAUACGAAUUAGCGGAAUUAUGUUUCAAAGACUGACUUAAAGAUAUUGUUAUUUUAGGUCCAAACGCUUUCCUCGAAAAUUUAUUUGGCCCAAAAUCUUGUUGUGACGAUCCCCUCCCUUCUUGUGGUGCCCCUUUGGGGACCCUGGACAGACAAAGGUGGCAAGCGAAAACCUACCCUGCAGGUAGGCAUCUUAGGCGCAUGUCUGGACCUCACAGUUCUUUUACUCGUGAUGUACUUCAAUUUGUCUGUGUACUUCCUCUUCCUGGGCGCGGCUAUAAGUGGAUUCUCGGGAUUCGCACCGGUAAAAUGGAUUCUCAUCGCUGGAUUCGAAGAAGAGAGAACUUUUCGAAUAGGUAAGGGUAAUGACUGGCGGAUUUUUGCAACGUCUUACAUCUUUUGCAUCAAACGGUUUUUUUGUCAAAAAUGUUUCUAGUGAAGAAGAGCAACCAGAACUUUUUUCGAAUAGGUAACACAUUUUUAAUUUGAGCAAAGCGAUCAAAAUAUUUAUGUAUAAUAAUAUUGUUUGUCCUUUCAGAAGGUUCAAAUACUGCAAGGCAGGAAACUAAAACAAGGAGAGCUAUUCCGGAAUGGGAACUUGAAAGGAAAGGGGCGAUAAAGGGUUAGUCCCGGGGCUAGGGCAUUUCCGUAGGUGGCAGCUGCGCCAGAAUGAUGGAAAAAAAUGUAAAAGUAAUAGAUAAAUGAAUAAAAAAAUGAGAGGAAACGAGAAGAACAUAUGAGAUAACGCUUGGGCACCCAAUGGAUCUGCUCCGCAAAAGAUCUGUUCCUCAGGCAAUUUUUUGCUGGCUGGGAGAUGUUUAAGUAAUGAUAUGCCCCUGGAAGGAAAGUGUUGUAGGCUCUGGCUGUUUGAGGGUAUCCGAUGUGUAGAAUAGGUGCUAUGUGUUCUUUAACCACUGAAGGGGUGAAUUGCACCCUUCGGUCACACCCAUUGUCCUACUGAGCCCUUCCCCCAAAAUUAAGGUCUGAAUUUUGCCCUAUGACCACACCUAAACUGGCCAGUUAUGUCUGUACAUAUGUCUGCUGGGAAAUUUAACUUCCCAGUAAGUUAGGUUGCAGGUUGUUGGUGCACCUUGCUGGCUCUUCACUCUUGCAUCAGUCUUGCUGGGAAUGAGGAACAGAUACAUUUUUCCCAUCAAUCUCCCAAAAUAGUUAAAAUGGUUUCAGGAAGCUUUAUUCAUGCUUUGUUGUUGUUUUUAGGUCUUUUCCUCAAAAUUUCCUAUUGGUUGCCCCUGAUAACGCGUUUAAACACACUCAAAACUCCAAAAUGAUCUGCCGUGGUUACUUUGCGCGUUAUUUGAAAUCACCGCGGCGUUUAGAAAUUUCUCCAAAAAAGAGAGGAAAGCAUAUUGGAGCAAUUAAAGCUCAUUCUCUAUUGUUUUGAAAUAAAAACUUCCUUGGCAUAUUUGCUCUCUUUCAGCAUGUGCAGUGUAUGAAUAUAUAUAUCUGCCGGUUUGUAGCUUCCUCGUUUGUAGAGUUAUUUUAAACGCUAAGGUGUCUUCCUUUCGAAAUUGCAGCCGUUCUUUAUAUGCAGAUUUUUCUGGCUGGAGUCAUCAGUCAAUUGACUAGCGGUCUAUGGAUAGACAAUGUCGGUUUCAUCCCGUCAGCCUGGUUUAUCUUGGCCUGCUUCCUUCUCGCUGGGAUCUGGACCCUGUUUUGCGUCCCUGAAAGUCGCACAACCGCCGACAACACCCCGGUGCGCUUCUUCAGCACUGAAAAUAUUAAGAGCUUCUUCAACUUUUUCCGGAAACAAAGAGAGGCUGGACGAAAGAAUCUGUUGCUGUCGAUGGUCUGUUCAGGCUUGUUCUUUUUGGUAACAGUUGGAGUAGACGGGGUUAUAACUUUGUACAUAUUGAAGAGUCCUCUAUGUUGGAAUGCAACCUUAAUUGGGUAUUUCUUUGCAUUUGCUUUAUUUCUCCGUGGUUUUGGAAGCGUGGCUGGCGUGAAGUUCUUCGGGCGUUGUUUUAGGGAGUUGACAGUUGCACGAUUUGGCAUGGUUUCUUUGGCGUUGUCUAUGAUCAUGCUGGCCUUUUCAAAUCGGACCUGGUUAGUUUUUGUUGGUGAGUAAGAAAUUCUCUUCCAUGGUAUAAAAUAUAUAAAUAAUAAAUAACGAUUUAGAUGUAGCUUGUCUACAUAGUGGUUCUUCAUCUACCGGUACCAUUCCUGGUCGAAUUGGAAAUUGGAAAUGUUAGUUUUUUGACAAAGGAGAAAACAGGAGAACCAGGAAAAAAUUUUUCAAAGCAAUAGAGAGAACCAACAACAAACUCGACCCACAUAUGGCGUCGACGCCGGGAUUUGAACCCGUGCCACAAUGAUGGGAGAGGCGAGUGCUCUUACCACUGCGCCGCCCCUUGGUGUCGAUCAUUAGGGGCUUUAAGGUCCAACUACGCGACGGCAACAAGAACGUCGCUUAAAAAGUGAAUUUGCGUUCUUUCAGUCUUUAUAGCGAUUAUUCCUAUCCACUUACUUUGUCAACUGUUGGCGAACUCUCCUAAAGCUGAAUUUAAGCUCAGAAAGGAAAAUAAAAUUUCGUCGUUGCUUGUUUACGUUCUUCUUAAAACGCGAAAUUAGGCAUUUUCACGUCGUAGUAGUGCAAAAACGGGAAAGAAAUGUACAAAAAAGUGUAAUGCACCAUGCAAAGUUGUUGUUUUUUCUUAUUAACCCUAUUGUUUUUAUGAUGUUCUCGUUGCUGUCCGCGUCGUUGGAUCGUAAAGUCGCUUUUUGAGUUUUCACAGACCUUUGUUUUUUUUUUUUCCAGCAAGUGCAGUAGGAGUCUUUGGUGCUGUUCCGGAUCCUAUUUUAGGAGGUGGCAUGUCAAGAAUAGUUGGAGACAGUGAACAAGGUAAUGAAUUUAUUAUCCCAUGGACAGACUUAUCUUAAUUACUAGCAGAGUAUAGGGCAAGGUCAGUUCGUUUCUAGAGGCCACAGUUUUAUAUUUAUUAGCUUUUAGCUAUUUAGUGUUACAGUCACCAUAUAAAGUGUUUACUUACUUACUACUUGUACUAACUUGCUAAACAACUAGGCUUACUUCCUUUAUUACUUACAACAACAACAACAACAACAACAACAACACACAACAACCGGGCCAAGUUUGGUUUGUCACGGUAUUGGGUUUUCCCUAUGGAAGUUUACUUGCAGCUGCUUACAGUACCUAUAUCUAACUACUAAAUAACUUACGUACUUACUUACUUACUUAUAGGCCAUAGAAACGACGUCAAAAUGUCCCGAAACUCAAGUGGUUUCACUGCAAAGUUUUAAACAUUUUCACGUCAGUCCGUUGGUCUGUUAGUCUGUAAGAGUAAAAAACAUCCCUUGCGGAAAAUUGUUGUUUAGUUAUUUUUCACAACAGUUUAGGGUUUUUUAUCCGCCAUAACUGGUGAAGGGUGAAGUUUCUUCCAAUUUCGCGGCCGAGAGACAGAGAAAAACAAAUUGCGCCAUGAUCAUUUCAAUUCCCGACAGUUAUCAGUGUUUUAGAACUCAUCAUGAUCCCCUUUCUAGCGAUGCAAAGGUUCCUAAGUGAAUGUAGUUGUUCGUUUCCUAUCUCUGUCUAAAAACCCUUUUAAAAAAACAGUGUCCCCUAAGUGUUAAAUCUGUAUAAGUUCACUGCUUCUUCAUUCCCCCCUUUAGGUGUCUUGUUUUCUGCUCAUGGAGUUGUUAGUGCUAUUGCCCAACUGGUGGGCGCCUUGUUGUUCAAUUCUGUGUACCAGGCGACUCUCAGUUUAUUCCCAGGCUUGGUUUUUAUACUUUGCGCGUUGCUGGUGUUAAUUCCCUUGCUGCUUUUGAGGUAGUAUAUAGUUUUAAGACUUCGUUUUAUUUGUUGUUCCUUAGGCACUGUGCACUAUUUUUCGCUUCUUUAGAUGGAUGUCACCACUAAUUCGACAGGAUAGUUAGCUGACAGUUCCUUUUUUUUUUGUACUUUUGACAGUUUCAUAGAGCUACCGCCCAUUAAAAUCAACGACCUGAUGGCUGGAGAGAACUACGAUUUGAAGGGAAGAAAUGUUCAUAAAGAAAUCGCCAAUGAAAAUGAUAUAAAGGCAAACCAGGUUGCUAACACGGUCUUGUAAUACGAAGCAGUAGCUAGGAUCUGCUAGGGUAAAUUAAAUAUUGUAUAAAAAUAUUAUUAGUGCCGCGAGGAAUUUAAACGCAGGCCAGCUCUGAUCUAGAUCGUUAGAAGUCAUUAAAACCAAUCAAAAAACAACCAUUGCAAACAAAAUAACCAAAAUAACAGAGAAAAAAAAUGAUACAUGAGAACAUAAUUACAUGAUUUUGGUACUAGUUGUUCUUUUUCUGUUACAACAGUCUAGUGCAGUCCCCAUGCGAUGAGGCUCUGCUAGAAAUGGAAUCUACUUUCGCGUGGUAAUGUCACCGUGAAUAACGAGAUAGCGGUUUCGCUCGGUCAAGGAGACAAGCGCGCCUGGGAACUAAGCUGGGCUUUCAGCAAGUCAGCGUGCAUUUACAGACUAAAUUAAACAGUCUCCCGAAUUCACUUGACAUCCUUCUAGUAACCACUGUUUAUGAACUUAAUUAAACUCUUCAAAUUCAAGUAUGGUGCUUAUUGAUGAGAGACGCUUCUAAUUAGAUUAAAUAACAACAGGCGGGGAUGUAGGACAAAUACUGACCGAUUUACUAAACUAAAGCCGAAGGUGCAAGCUUCUUCGGAUGGGGGGGAGCGGGUUUGAUGCGUCACAGGGACAUUUUUGGAUUUUAACUCCCUGGAGUCCCCUUUCCCGGUUUUCUGAGUCAUAGACCUAUUCGGCUAACUCAAUGUUGUACCCAAUUCAAAUCUCCCGGGGAUAAGAUUCUUUGUGUAUUGCAUUUGCAUUAUAAUGUGGCAUUCACAUUUAAAUGAUAUGGAAAUUCCUGAAACAAAAUGUUUUAUUCCCAAAGGGUUGAAUUGGGUACAACAUUGAGUUAGCCGAAUAGGUCUAUUCAACAACAACAACAACAUAAGCUUUAUUUGCACGACUGUAAUUAUGUAGUUACAGUAUUGCAAAAGCUUUAAUAUAAAAACAAACAAACAAACAAACAAAUCAUAACAAUGAUAAUGCAAUGAUGACUGUAGUCAAUCAAGUGUCAUCAGCAUGACUUGAUAACAAAUUAUUACGUAAAUCAUUACAUAAUGAGACAAAUUUCAACAAAUGUGAAUUUACGGAAAAACUCUGUGAAUUCAUCAAUUUAAUUAUUAAUUCUGUGUAAGAUAGCUGAUCAAAAUCGACAAAAUUUUGUUGGAUUUGAUCGUAGAAUUUCUCCCUUGGGAUUGAGUAUUUUGGACAAUGGAAGAGAAAAUGAAAUUCGUCUUCAAUUAUACCAGAGUUACAAAUAGGACAGAGUCUAUCGUUGCGGGAAGUUUGAUUAUAUCUUCCAGUUUCAAUCAUGAGUUUGUGGUUACUUAUACGAAUUUUCACUAAAUCUUUCCUAUUCGCAGAAUUUCUAAUUAAGUCUAGAUAACUUGAAAUUUUAUAAUCAUGUUUAAAUAAGCUGUAAAAUUGUAGUUUCUUAGAAUGAUGGAUUGUAUGUUGCCAAUAUGCAAUAUAUUUUUGUUUUAUUAUAUCUAUAUAGUGUUUGAUCUUAGCUUCACUUAAAUUAUUAGGAUCAAAAUCAGGGAGGUCAUAAUAUUCAGAUAUUUUCAUAAGAUUAUUGUAAAAGCUAUUUUUACCAUUACAGUGAAGUUCUAGCGAAGUACGAAAGGCUUGUUUAACAAUAGUAUCCUCGUUUUUACGCUGAAGAUACAAUAUGUAAUAAAGGAUGUUUUUAUAAAUAUUAAUAAUUAAUGGGAACCGUCCCAAUUCACUUCUACUUGCAACAUUUGAAGCUUUAUUGCUUAUUUCUAGGUAACGCUUGCAAAAUUUCAAGUGGGUUUUUUCAAUUGGGGUAUUGUCCCAAGCUUUAAAAUCAUGUUUUACAUAUACACCCCAAAUUUCGCUAUUAUUUAACAAUUAUUCUUUGAAAUCGAGGUGAAUAGUGGCAAAAUAUUUACCGAGACGCGAAAGCGGCGAGGUAAAUAUUCCCAAAGCCACUAUUCACCGAGAUUGAAAAGAAUAAUUGUUUUAGUAUAUACACAUGAAGUGAUCUCAACAAAAUCAGAGAGGAAACCAUUCAAAAGUACGAUUUGAUUGACAGAUCAAAUCACGCGUAAGUUUAAAAAUAGAUCUUUGCAGAAAUUUCAAACAUGGCAAUUCACAAGUUUAUCAUUUCGCAAACAACAGCGUAAUGGCUUAAAUGGAACCGCUAAAAGUUUGAACUGUUUCCUUACCUGAGAAGAAAAGUAGAGCUGUGUUGUUUUCUGUUGACUCGCCACGUUUAUAGCCAAAAGGGUUUGUUGUGUCGUUCUUCGCAUGAAGUGCUGACAAAAAUGGCGGCUCAUUUGCUCGAGGUAAGACGUCGUCUUUCUGUAUCAUUCUUUUUCCUGUUUACUUGAAACGUAGAAUUUCUGCAAACAUUUCCUUUUAAAUUUGUUUGUCAUAAAUAAACUUCGAUUUUUGAGCCAAAAUUGUCUUCUUAGAAAACGGAAACGGCUUCUUCUACGCGAAUACACGGGAGUUGUAAACAAUCCAUCGAGCACAAAACUCCUGCUACUACUGAGUGCUACAGUAAAUUGAAAAACGCCGUAUUGAAUCCUUCCAAGUCUUUUCUUGCCUUAAAAAAAGUCAGCCCUAGGAUUCUGUCGACUUUUAAAAGAUCGUUCUCUAAAAAAUGGGAAAAACACUGAGCUCACACAUUAUCCACUCGCUAGGAGGUGAAUAUUGUUGAAUAGUCCGAGAUAGCGAACCAAUCAGAUUGCUUAAAUCACCAAGAUCACUGAGUGUGUAUAUACUAAAUGAUAAUAUCGGGGAAAUCAUCGUUUCAAAUAUUUUGCAAGCAAGAGAAGGUUUAAUUUGCUAAAGUUUGUGUGUUUUCUUAAACUAAAAAGAGCAUGAAGAGCCUUCUCCUUCAGGUGUUCGAGGGAGAUAUUAAAAUUACCGGUUGAGGAGAUACGGGUUCCUAAAUAUGUAUAUUCAUGGACAGUAUCAAUGGUUUCUUUACCUAUAUGGAAUUCUAGAUUGGAGUUUUUCUUCGCUCGUUUUUGAAAGACCAUAACUUUGGUCUUUUUGGAAUUUAUAUCUAACAUCCAAGAGUUGCAAAAAGAGGAUAAUGUGUUGAGACAGUUCUGCAAUCCGAUUUUAGAUCGUGAUAUAAUAAUUAAAUCAUCAGCAUAUAAAAGCGAAUUUAAUUUGGUACCAUUUGGAAGGAUGAUAGGGUCUGAUAAAGUAUUUUGAAAUGCGGACGGUAGGUUAUUAACGUAUAAAUUGAAAAGUAAGGGGCUUAAAAUACAGCCCUGGCGUACGCCCCGUGAGAAGCUAAAAGAUUUUGUUUGACUCGUACCUAUUUUCAAUGCACACGAAGAGUUUGAAUAUAGGUUUUGGAUUAACUUAUAGAAACAUCCCCCUACACCAAUUUGUAAUAAUUUAUAUAAAAGUCCGUCAUGCCAGACUGAGUCAAAGGCUUUUCUAAAGUCAACAAAACAAGCGUAUACUUUCUCACCGUGACAGUGUACGUACUUGUCUAUAAGAGUUCGUAAUGUUAGGAGGUGGUCUGAUGUUCGAUUUUUAGGUAAGAAGCCGAUUUGAGACUUAUGGAGUAUGUUCAGCGAAGUGACGUGUUCAAGAAGUCUUUGGUUUAGAAUUGAAAAGAACAACUUUCCUAGACAACUAGAAACACAAAUCCCGCGGUAAUUUGAUGGGUCAUUUCUUAUGCCAGAUUUAAAUAUGGGAGUUAUAAGACCGUUGCACCAAUUUUUAGGCACUGUUCCUAAGUUAAGAACAGUAUUAAAAAGUUUAUGGUAAACAGGUAGCAGUGUUGGUAAGCUAGCUUUAAUCAUUUCGUUUCUUAUUUUGUCGGAGUAUGCAGAUUUGUUAUUCUUUAAUUUUCUUGCUGCCUUGCUUAUUUCAGCUUCUGUUAUGAAGUAAUCUAGAGGUCGUGAUUGCAUUAAGACGUCUUCUCGUGUUCUUAACUCAUUGACAACUUUCUGUUGCUCAGAAGUAAGUGGCUUAUUAGAAUGUAGACACUGGAAAUAAUUCAUCCAAUUCUCUUCUGCAAUUGGUGGAGUGUCUUUGUAUUUUAUAGUGUCAUCCAUUGAUUUUAAGCAAUUCCAAAAAUUUUUAGUAUCCAAAUUGUACGUUGUAUCCUCUAAUUCUGAGAGUUUAUUGUUGUAAUAUUCAUUUCUUUUAUGUGCGAGUAGUUUCUUAUACUGCUGUAAAACAAUAUGAUAUUUUUCACGUAGAGUGGUAUUUAAGGGAUCUCUGUGUUUUUCAUUUGACAAUUUCCUUAAUUCGUGUCUUUUUAAGCGACAUUCCUUAUCAAACCAUUUUUAUUUGAGCGUGAAUAGGUGCGUUUACGUCGUCUCGUCGUUCUUAUCUUAAGGCAUCGUUUUGCCGUUGUGAUAAGAAUAUUUUCUACCUGUUCCGCGGAGGUGUUAACAUUUUUAGCUGAAUUGAUGUCAUUUAAAUAUUCGUGAAUUAUCAUUUGCAAAUUUGGAGAUUGAAGAGCUGCUUUGAAUUUUGGUGUAGAGUCACUUUCCCACGUAAAUUGUUUUGGUAAUCGUGUUAAAGUAUCACUCUCUGGUGAAGGAUCUUGAUUACGAAUAUCGGUGUCAGUGCAUAACCAGGUCACCAGUGGACUAUGAUCCGAUAAAUACGAGGGCUCUUUAACAAUAAAGUUUAGUAUGUGUGAAAAUAACGUUUGAUCACAUAUGGCAUAAUCAACGACACUUAUUCCAGCCUUUCCAUGAAAUGUGGCUCUUCCUAAGGAGUCUCCACUAACUCUACCGUUAAGUAUUCUAAGAUCUGCGCUUCUGCAGAUUUCAAGAAGGCGUUUGCCGUGAUUGUUAAUGUUGUUGUCAAAACUAUUUCUAUGAGUGGAGCCUGAAGAAAGAUGGGACUGAUCAUUGGUAAUAAUGGUGUUUCCUUCUUGGCUUACACAAUCCGAAUAUUUUCCUGUUCUAGAAUUAAAGUCACCCAUGAGAAGAAUCGAUCCUUGAGAGUAAAAAGUUUCAAUGUCGUUUUCAAGAUCUUCAAACAUUUCAGGGAGAAAGUAUUUUGAGCCGUUAGGCGGAAUAUAGACGCCACAAACAUAAAUAUCUUUUGAGGUUUUUACGUACUGUUUGCUAAUUUUGAACCACAGAAAGUUCGAAGUUAUUUUUUCUAUUGAUACCCAAUUAUGGAGUUCAUUUUUGUAGAGUAAAGCAACUCCUCCUGAGUUGCGACCAUUGUUUCCUAAUUUUGAGGUACCUGAAACUAUCGAUCGAUAUCCUGUCACGUCGAUAAUCGUCUCCUUCCAGGUCUCACAAAGAAUCACGAAAUCAAAUUGACAUAUCAAAUUCAAACAUUCAUUAUUUUGCAAUUUAUCACCAAGGGGUUUAGCAAAGAUCCCAUUGAUGUUCCACGAAAAGAACGACAGACUACCAGUCGGGGAGCGAUUCGAGCAAUCUGCCAACAUUAAUGAUAUCUUAUGGCAUGUUCUAAUCGUAUCCUAGUAAAUAAUUAGGUAUUAUUUAGAGUAAGGAUUUAAUUAUUCUAAAAAAAGAUAUAAGUUCCUGAGGGAGUUCAACAUGAGAGUCUUUACCCUGGUGAGGUUUACUGUACAUCUGCCAGCCUGUAGUGAAGUGAGGAGGGAUCUGUGGCGCGGGCGGUUGUUGCUGCCUUUGAAAGUGCGAGGACUGGUGGUUGUCCACCUCCCAGUUCAUAGGUUGCCGGGGGAGUCUUGGUUCACCGUGAGAGUGUAAUGGUGACGGGUGCUGCUUAAGGUCAGUGUUCUGAGGAUUCUUGACAGCAGCGCUGUAAGAACUGAAUUUACCACGGAGAUAUGGCGGCGGCGAGUGUGGCACUUGUUUCUGGAAAGGACGUGGUUGUUUAGCUCUACCGCGGAUUGUAUUCACUAGAUUAGCGGCAAAGACAGGAUAUUGGCCAGGUCCAUUCUUCAGAAGAUUGUCAAGGAAAAGCUGAAGGAUGAGCCAUCCACCCUUCCACGCAGGUAUUCUAUGUGGAUUAUCGUCUCGUGAGAAAGAAGAAAAGAAGCUCUGCGUAGGAGGCUAAAGUAGCCUAGGUAUUUUUGGCCGCACUCGCAGUUCAAAUGAAUUUUAAAGGCAAAGAGGUGAACUGGGAUGACCCCGUGGGAUGGCAUUCCGGGUUAAGUUAAGUAAGGUUGAAUUUCGCAUGAAUUGCCAUAUAGAUAAAUUUUUACUAAAACCCUUUCUGACUUGUCGCAAAACAACGGUUUACUGUUCAGCAGUUGUCAGCUGUUUGCCGUCUUUUUUGUCGCAACACUGUAAAAUGACUCAAUGCUCGAUGUCAAGAAUGCAUGGGGCACACAGUGAGAAAGCUGGCCAAUUCGGGAGAGUUCGUCACGUGGCAACAGGAUAUUACGCAAAUGUUGCUAGUCAAUAUCAACAAACAACAGUGCAACGUACGGAGGUCGACAUUGAGUAGAAAGUGUUGACAGGCCUUUGGCCUCAAAGUAUAAAAGGACAGCUACAGCGGCGAAUUUGACGACCGGCCGGGAGGAUCCAUUCAAAAUUAGGCUUAUUUCUAGACCAGCUAAACUCAACCAGUGUCUUGUAUUCGCCUGUUAUUCAUUAGUCAGUUUCAAGCGACUAAAACUGCUUGCAUUGAAAAGCCCUUCGGAGGACCAGUAACAGCUAACUACGUCAGAAAACGAAUGAAAGGAAAAUGGGUCAACGGAAGAACGGAGUACAACAUAACAACCUGAAGAAGAUAAACGCUGUGGUAAUGGGAAAAAACGGAGUUGGAAAAACUGGUAAGCUAAAUUUAAUAAAAGUGGUCAUGGCAAAAAGUGAAGCUGAAAUUUAUAAGGAUCGAUCAUUAUGCACUUGUAAUACUUCUUGGUAGAAUUUUGCCUUAGUAUAUUCAUGUUAAGGAACGGAUAUUAGAAGACUAAGAGGCUUCCGAGAGUAUUUUUUUUUUUGAAAUAGUGGGUAAAGAUUCCUUGUAUAAAUUAUUAAGUGGAUUGCAAACACUUGAUGCGUUUUUGCUAGAUAAACUGUUUGAUAAUUACUAGAUUAUUGUGUUUUUGUUAUGAUCGCAGUGUAAACACUUACUGGAGGUAAUUGUUCUUAGCGGAGAAGUGCAAAAACCGAUAAAGAAAACUUGCUAAUUAUUUGUUAGUUAGACCGCAUUUCUCAGACUGAUGAGCAUUUCUCUUUUCGUUUUUGUAAAACAAGCUCUGACUGUUCGUCUUCUGACCAGAAGAUUCAUUGGCGAAUACGACAGCUCCCUUGGUAAGAUUUUACAAUAAAAUAUUCAGAUACGUUGAUUGGUUUUAGCUUACACUUGAAAAGCUACCACAGAUAUGUAACAGACCUGCUGCUGAUGUAAGGAAAUGCAUGGGAAUUUUUUAUCAUUGUCGACAUAAUGGCAUUAGUGCAUUUGAAACGGCAUACAGCCCAUACACCUGUGGAGAACACGAUAUAUGCCGAUGAUGUAUUUUAUUUUGUUUUCCUAACUGAAGAGUGUCAGGAAUUCGAGAAUAGAUCAAGAAUAAUAGAAUGACUUUCAAAAUGGAUUUAUGUUAAGUAAGAAAGUGACCUUAUUGAGUUGUGUUGGAUUGAUCUUUAAAAGAGGGCGCUAUGUCUGGAUACAAGGGCAUUUCUCUCUUUUGCAAUCACAACUGGCGAAAAGAUUUACCCCGUGUUUGUCGUCAUUAAAAUUGAGACAUCUGACUCGCAAUCUCCGCGCGACAACCUGCAUACUUUUUGCAUAUUUUUAUGCAUUGCGCAAAAACAAUGCUCAGCUGCGUUCUCUGAAGAUAGAUUUCACAACUAAGUUCCUUAUGGCCCAAAGCACAAUUACCAAAUUUGGACUCAAAGCUCUCAGCACUUGCCGAUUUCCUACGUAAAUUGACGAGGCUUUGUUUUAUGUGAGUGUAACUCCUCAAGAAAGUGGCAGGUCUCUUAUAAAUCAUGUCAACAGUAUAAGCUAUAUAAUAAGUGUCCCUUCUUGAGUUCCGUAUUGAAGUUCAUUCAGUUCAAACAGUCGAAUGUACUACUCGAUCAGAGAACAUUUUAAGCACACCUUAAGAACAACUCAAUGGCCCUUAUCAGGAGAACACGUUCUCUUGCCCUUAAGUAUGCAAGAUUACAUGUACGUCAGAUGAACGAAUUCAUCACCAAGCCUCGCUUGCGGGGGAAAUUCUUCACAUCUGCAGUUUUUGUGCAUGAGACUUCUUUCAACUCUUCUGCCGGGCAUUCGGAAAAUUCAUUUAUGCAACACUUCGCUAAUUUACAUUUUCAAAACGAAACAGAGUUGACGAAGUUUUCUCGUCUUACGUGGACAUACAUAAAGGUUAUUCUUGAUUCGAACUGCCUUAACUCAAUCGGUAUACUCCGCUUACUAGACUUGGUUCAUUUGCCACAUAUGCUAUACAAAAGCAAUGCUCAAUUGUGAAAGGGCGCCGUAAAAUCGUCCGGGGAGUACAAUUCACCUCGCCUCGCCUCUAAAGUGGUAAUCGAGAGCUAGGAAUCUUUCAAGCACUUCCUCUUCCAAAAAAGGUUUUUCCACUAGCUGUCCUGAAAUGAAUCAUGUGUCGGUGGGAAAAUUCAACUCGAAAUGAAUUGAAACUACACGAAUACUAUUCUAGGGCGAUCGUAGCCCUAGCUGGUUAAGUUAAAAAAUCUCCCUUGUAUAAUCAUCUCUAACGUUUGAGCGCUCUCUUCUACGGUAAUUUUGUUCCACUAGGAGACUGGGAAGAUGAAAAAAAAAAGCUUUGUUGAUUUUUUUUUUCUUUUUGUCACUUAACUUCUGUUGUGAAGCCUGCUACACCGGUUAUUCCAGGACAUACAUACUCCUAUUGUUUUACCCGGCAAUGCUACGGUUAAUAGCUCUUUCGGUACUUAAUUCUUGUUCUUUAAUUCCUUUAUAGAGGCUGGUGGACAUAGGGUAGAAUUAAUACUUAUAGCGUGUCUAAGUAGCGUUCUCAUACGUUCCAAAACGUUUCUUUUCAGAAUCGAUAUACAGACAUUUUUUUGAACUGGAAGGAGAACACAUUUUAGUCGAUAUCAUGGACACUGCUGGCAAGGUAACGAAAUCAAGAAACUAUCAAGGUGGACUCUAAAAGACAAUUUAUUUUUCCAUGCGGGCUUCAGUUCUUUUAAAUUUUCCUUCCCCCCGGCCCUCGGAAUAGUUUUCAGUUGACUGGGCCGGGUUUCAAAAGCUAGGUUAAGAUAACCCAGAGUUAGGGGGAGAUUUCAUUUAGACUGCUGAAGAAAGCUUAAAAAGCAAAUUCCGUUAAAUUCUUCUUGUCUACAAUUUGAUUAUUGUCAUUUUUUGAUACUCUCAAAAGAAAAGAGAAAAUUAACUGAGAAAGAGCUUUUGAACAAAAGAAAAAGAAACCUGGAUUAUAAUUUAACCCGGGGUUAACACUAAUCGGCCUUUGAACAAUGGGCCUUAGUCUGGCGCGCGGCCAAACAGUAUAAGCAUUUCUUUGUAAAACUAUAUUGAUGUCUAGCCCACAAAUCCCUAGCAUAUUCCAAUCGAUCAGUAUAUUGUCUAUUAGGAUCCAAAUCACUAUAUAACUUUCUAACCUUUCCCGAAAUGAAUAAAAGUCAUUUUCUUUGAAAUAAUUUUCUUUGUCCCCACAUUUCUUUUAAGAAAGCCAAAUGCUUUGACUGGGUCUCAAAGAUCCGUAUGGCAUUAAUGUUGGGGAUUUAUCCUAAGUGUCAGAGGUUUCUUUCUUACAAUUAUUUCCUGAUGGUUCGCGAUAAGCCGCGAGCGUGAGCAGCGAGCAGCGCGGACAGAGAGGCGCGAGGCGCCGAGAAAACCGUGAGCUCCGUUUCUUUCAUCCCAAGUAAGUUAAGAACGAACUUCUGGUGAAAGGGUAUAUGGUAUAAAAUUAUCCAACUAAAUUCGAAUUCUUAUCAUUUCUUUUGACAGAACACAGAGGAAAAACUAGCUCAGUGUUCCUCUUUCGGAAACCUUUUUCUCCUGCUUUUUUCCAUCACCGAUAGAUCAUCUUUCGAGGAGAUCGAAAGUCUUGGACGGUUUAUCAGAGAAACAAAAACCCACGGAGAAUACAGCAUCGUGGUAGUCGGAACAAAACUAGACUUACGUGAUUACCGAGCGGUUUCCGAAGAUGAGGGUCACGUGGUUGCAAAUAAACUCGGAGGAACUUACUUUGAGACUUCCAGCGCGGAUAGCUACGAAGGCAUCGAGAGGCUUUUUAGUUAUUCAAUAAAAUCUCAUUUAAAGUCAAGGUUCUUUGACCCGGAGAGGAACAGAAGAGUAGUGGGACUGAAGAAACUAAGAGAUGGCCUCCUUUUGCGGACAAAGUCAUUGUACAGAAGUCGAGGCAUGACAUUCUAA